AUGCCAUUUGCGCAGGGGUAUAUAGACGACUUGUUAAUUGCCAGCCCCGAUUUGCAAUCACACGAAGAGCAUGUACGAGCAGUGUUGAAAAGAUUGAAUGAACAUGGAAUAAACAUACAUCAAAGCAAGUGUGUUUUCGGUGUUCAAACUUUAGAAUUUCUCGGUCACACAAUAAGCCCAGAAGGGAUUAAACCUAUAAAAAAAGAAGUGGAUACCAUCAAACAAUACCCGAUACCUAGCUCUCUAACACAAAUGAGUUUUCUAGGUCUAAUUAACUUUUAUCGCAGAUUCAUACCAGGUUGUGCACAAUUAAUGCAACCUUUAACAGAUUCACUUAAAGGAAAACCAAAAGAAUUCAAACUGUCUUCUGACGCCGUCGAAGCUAUUAAACAGCUUAAAGAUAAACUGGCUCAAGCAACUACGUUGAUAUAUCCGAAUUCUCUUUCCCCACUUGCUUUGAUGGUGGAUGCUUCAGAUAAAGCAGUAGGCGGUACCCUUAACCAACUGGUUAAAAACGCCUGGAAACCAAUUGCUUUCUUCUCGAAAAGACUCGCUCCAGCUGAGACAAGGUAUUCUACCUUCGGGCGAGAACUUCUUGCAAUCUACCUGACUAUUAAACACUUCCGACACAUGUUAGAAGGUAGGGAAUUUAUAGUCUUUACGGAUCACAAACCACUGACGAAUGCAUUAAAAGCGAGAGCCGAUAAGUACUCACUUCGAGAAGUCCGACACCUUGACUAUAUAUCACAGUUCACAAGCGAUAUCCGACAUGUCAAAGGUCAGGACAAUCAGGCGGCAGAUGCUUUAUCCAGACUAGAAAUGAACGUGCUACAGCAGUCUACAGUAAACUUCGAGACGUUGAGACACGAACAAGAGCAGGACCUAGAAUUACAAAACCUACUUAAAACAAACAAUUCAAGUCUUAAUUUAAAACAGUUCCCAUCACCUAUCGAUGGUAUUCUAAUUUACUGUGACACGACCAAGGCAAUACCGCGACCUUUCGUUCCCAAAAAUAUGCGAAAGUUGAUAUAUAAUAACUUUCAUUUUUUGUCUCAUCCUGGCGCAAAAGCUUCAACUAAACUAAUCAAUGCCAGAUAUACAUGGCCGAAUUUACAGAAGGAUGUACACAAAUGGGUUAGAGAGUGUUCAGCAUGCCAACAAUCAAAGAUCAAUCGUCACACAAAUUCACCCAUAGGUGUUUUCUCGCAACCAGAUGCACGUUUUGCCCAUGUGCAUAUUGACUUGGUAGGUCCUUUACCACGUUCAAACGGUUUUAAUUAUCUUUUUACAUGCACAGAUCGAUUUACCAGAUUCCCUAUAGCCAUCCCGAUAGCGGACAUCACAGCGGAAAUAGUAGCCAAAGCUUUCAUGCAGAACUGGGUAACCAUUUUUGGUACACCCAUAACAGUAACGACGGAUAGAGGAGCGCAAUUCGAAUCCGAACUAUUUAAUAACUUGGCUAAACUUCUAGGCUCCAAUAGGAUACGCUGCACUGCAUAUCAUCCUCAGGCUAAUGGGAUGGUAGAACGUUUUCACCGUCAUCUAAAAACCGCCCUUGUAUCUCACUCAAACCCCAAUCAGUGGACAGAAUUCCUACCAUUAGUUAUGUUGGGAAUACGAACAUCUGUCAAAACUGACGCACAGUGUUCAGCUGCGGAACUAGUUUUCGGAACAACUCUGAGACUACUAGGUGAAUUUAUUAAUCCUAAUACUAACAGUCAAAAACUUAAUUUAGAAAAUUACGUAGAUCAACUACGGGAACAUAUGUCCAAACUUAAACCAAUUAAUACUCGUGAACAAUCACGCGCCAUGUAUGUACCUAAAGACCUAAGCAAUUGCACGCACGUCUGA